CUUCACUCAGUACGAAAAAAGAGUUCGAAAGAAUUGCUUCUUGCGACUUCAGCGUUUCUUGGUAAGUAAAUCUUAUGUUUUCCUGUUGCCAACAACCUCUCAUCUUUUUCACAGACAUAUGGGUACCUUUGGACAUAAGGGGCGAUAAAUUACCUCUCUUAAAAAUUAUUUAUAUCCCUAUUAGUUGGCUGUCCUAACAUUGUUACACACCCACUUGAAUUGCAUUGCAUGGAUGAAAGACAAAGUUAGACAUUUAAUAACAGAGGCGUCAUAGCCAGUCCAUAGACCUGUAGGCCCGGGCCUACUCUUUUUUGGUUUGAUCACCCAACCACUUGUAAUAAAUUAUCCGUUUUGGGGGUUAACUAAACAGCUUAAGAGCUCAAAGUGUUGGUGAGGUCAGUGUGCACUAGUCAUGCGUGCAAUUUUCAGGAUAUGUGGAAAUGAAAGACAGCCAGCUGGCCUACAACUAGUCGUAAAGUUGGCUACCGCGCUGAAUAACACCAACAACGGUGCCAUGUGUUUUGAAACCUUUGUACUUAAGUUCAGUCUCCGCAAUGGCGUUGUUCAAAAAUGACAAUCGUCCCCUCGAAAUUGUUCACAGUAACUGUAGAUACAUAACGACACUUAGUAUGUUGGUGUUGACGAGGCUGUUCAGUCCACUCUGCCCUGCGACUAUGAACAACGUCUACAGUAUAGUCGUAUUUUACCAAUCUCAAAGCGCAAAAUAUGAUUUGAACGCUAAAAAGUUUAAAAAGCAGAAUUUAUCAUAAAUCAAAUACUCCAAAUCAAAGUCUUAUUUUAUUCAUAAAAGAAAAUAAUAAUUCCGAUCAAUGUGCGGUUCUGUGUUAAUUAUUCAGUGACCCUGGUUCCAAUGUAAGCCUUGUUACUUCUUAAGUUUUCGAAAAAAUAUAGGUUUAGGCCUUUUAAGGGUCUCGUAGGAGUCUUUGCCAUCAAUCGCUGGCUUAAGAAUGAACUAAUAUCUGAUAUGGGGAGUUCAUCAGGAAAGAUCUUACAUUAUACCAGUUUUCAGAAAAGAAAAGUAGCAUCAAUAUUUUUCAAGUUUCACGACAUACUGAAAUCAGCUAUAGUUCAUCAAAACUUCCUCUCACACGUCAAACUACGUCUUUAAAAAGAAAAUGGUCAGAUCAUACAGUUUGACAAAUAUCCAACGCAAAAAAGUAAAAUAUCUGACCUUCCACUAUUGUAUUCAAAUCAUUUGGAGCGUUGGAAGAAUAAAUUUCACAGACUAGAAUUUUGCAAGGCUACGGAGUAUUUCAGGUGCAUAUUUAACACUUCGAUAAUUCUUUUCCUGAUAAGAAAAUAAAAUUAUCAGUAACAUCCAAUUGAUAAUUUUCACCACUUUCUUUAAUUUUCCAAGUUCUCAAAUAUUUGUAUUAUCUGGAUUUAUUCAGCAGGCGCCUAUCAAGCUUUAUAAUGAGCUUUUACUGUCGUAAAACCUGAUUUGAAUAUUGAAGAUCAUAACAGCUGCAAAAAGUCGUUCGCUCCAGAGAUCUAUCAGCUGAGCGCAUCCACCAGGCAACUUUCGUGUGAGCUAGGCACCAGCUUACUUGUGAUUUCAACCGAACUCUUGCGCUGCGCGCUCGCCGAUUUUGAAAUCACGCGUAUGAUUUCACACCAAAUUGCACCCCUCUCAGUUCAAUUAACAUUAUUUACGUUAAGGUCAUUACAUUGUCAUUAAGCCUCUGUUAUAAGUUAAAUUAUAUGCAAAGAGAAAUUAGAUCUGAUAUUCUUUAUAGACUUCUCGGUUACAAAGUUUAUUGCUUUGAUUAGGGGGGAUGAGAACUGAAUAUGGGUUUGUAUCGAUUAAUCCUUAAUUUUACGAGGAACAAUGUGAUAUUUUGUUGUUAUCACCAAGAGGAAAAAAUCACUUAACAAGAUCGGCUAUGAGGAGGAGACAUGACUUCCCAACAACCUUCAACAUUCAAAAUGUCUCGCUUUUUUUUGUUCAAAGAAAUUGAUCGUUCAUGUUGUACGUUUCCUCUCGGAGCGAUUUUCAAUAAAUCUAAACACAAACUGAUUGUGUUUAACAUGAACCACAGUUUUCUUUCUUCUCUUGGCAAUAUCUGGAAACGGAUAAUACCCAAGAAAGGAAUUCUUUACUGGUGAGAAAGAAAAGAAAACAGCUAUUUUGAAACAAAACUUGAAUGAACCGAAGCGGAAAUGGAGUUUGUGAGCACUGACGACGUUAGUAGUGGUGUCUGAUGAGAAUUAGCAGCUUUGGGGGUAGCAAAAGGGCAGCAAAAUUUAAUAAAUAGCUAAUGUGUAAAAUGCGCGGGAAACUUGUUUAAUUUAUGCUAACCAUGUUUAGGCAAGUACUAGUAAUGGCGUCACAGCACCAUCAGGUCCAUUUGACAGUUUAGCAAGCCCAUAAGAAACGGCUUAUGUCUUCUAUUUAGUGCUAAAAAUUGGAUAUAUAUAAAGAAAACACACACACAUACAGAAAGUGGAGCUCAAAAGUCUUUAUCUCAAUUUUGUCUGACUAUCACAAAACCGUUCUCUCCUUUCUAUCUCGAAGAGACCACUAACUAUUGAAGUCUCAGUGUUUCACGAGCCCUAAGUCAGUUAAUUAUGCGAGUUAACAGGCCCACAUUUGCAUACAAAUUAGUUCAGCUCAGUAAUAACCCCAUAAAAACACAAAAAAACAAUUAAUAACUUGACAAGGAUCAAUUGAAACACGCAACUAAUCAAUAAACAUUCCCAAUAAAACCAGACACGUUUCUUAAGACACAAGAAAUCAACUUUAUGACCCUUUAUUAAAAAGAUUGCAAAAAAAAUUAGAUUAAAUAUUUUAUUAAAAUAGUCAAAAAAGGGAAGCUAUCGUUUUUUUUACACUGCGCACAAUGUUUUACUUACCCUCCUCCCUUUCAUUUUUAUUUUCCUCCUCAUCCAUAAUUUUUCUUAUUUUCCUUCCUCACUUUUUUUUCCCUCCUCCACAAUUUUAUUAUUUCCUCUUACUCCACCACCACAUUUACUCUAUAUAUUUUUCCAUCCACAAAAAAAUCGACCUUAUAUCGACCCUACAACGACCCUAGACUCAACUUUGUUUUUCAACACAGCUGCGUGAAUAGUGAAACUAUAUACAACCACCACCACAUUUCUACUGUUUUCUCUCCACCACCGCCACCACCACAUUUCUAUUGUUUACCUCUACCACCACCACCACCACAUUUUUAUUGUUUCCCUCCACCACUACCACCACAUUUCCAUUGUUUCUCUCCACCUCCACCACCACAUUUCUGUUGUUUUUACUCCUCAUAUUGUUUUGUUAUUUAGAAGGUCACAGGUCAGACACAGACUAAUAAAGGCAACCUCAGGCCAAAUAGGCCAAACUCAAAUAACAAAACAAUAGAAGAGAACAAUAGAAAUGUGGUGGUGGAGGAGGGAAACAAUAGAAAUGUGGUGGUGGUGGUAGAGUAGAAACAAUAGAAAUGUGGUGGUGGAGAGAAAACAAUAGAAAUGUGAUGGUGGUUGUAUAUAAUUUCACUAUUUUAAUUGCCAACGAGGCAACCGAGCUAAGAAGCCAGGUUGCCUCGGCGGCAGAAUUAUAACGCCGCGCAAUAUGGGCAAAAACUCUCAAAUUCUGCGUAACCCUCUAAAAUUUGCAUUUUUGACCAUAUUUGGGUGUAAGUAAGACCCCAUAUUUGGGUAGUGACGCCAUGGUCUUAUAUUUACAACUCGUGGUCCGAAAUUGGGAGAUUCAGUGUGCAGCUGUUCCUUGUCUGUUCAAGAGGACCCAACAGGUGAGCAAGAGUUAAUACAAUUUCUAGUUUGAAAGGGCAACAGGUGCAUUGAUUUGGUUUAUAAAUUGCCUUUAAAGCAGCAGCUGAUCAAGGAAUAGGGUUUUAGGCUCAAAUGUUUGUCAGAACCAACUUGUUCUUUGCAGCUCGACUUACACUGAGGUAGCGUGUUCGCUUCUCGACUCAGAACCAAGGUUUCAGUGUUCUCUUUUCCUUUUUGAUUUGAAUUUUUAAGCAGUAGUUGAUCAAGGCAUAAAGUUAUAUUCGCAAAACUUUUAUCAGAACAUGCGUGGUCUUUGCAGGUCGACUUACAUUAAGCCAGUCCUCACCUCCAGUGAAUACAACGUAUUUGCAGACAUUUGUUUUUUUGGAAUUUAUUUAUGUCUUUCGGGAGAUUUUGUCAACCAGCAUGCUUUUUGCAGCUCCAUUUACAUUGAGACAGCCCUAAACUCCCGUGAGGAAUGCAUCGAAUUUGCAGACCUUUUGUUUUGAAGACUAUCAUUAUGCCUUUCGAGAGACUCUUUGUCCCGUGACAUUGGCUCAUUAGGUCUUUGUAUUUUAUUUAAGUUUAUCAGAUUUUUAUACCUCUGAUACAUUCCGCUCCAUUCUUGCGCUUUUGACACAUUUUACUUUACACCAAUUUUUUCCUAUGUAUAUUACCGCGCGAAAUAUUUUUCUUAUCCCUGAUGACACUGUUGCUCGAAAUUUAAUUAUUAUUUUUUUAAAUUCAGCAGUCAAAGGCCUCGUUUGAACUAUAUUUUUCUUUCUAACGUUUAUAGUUUUGAUACAAUGGAAUUUUCCAUGAAAUAGUAGUGCUAACUUGUUCAUAUUUACCAACAAAGCUUCAAGCCCUGUUGUUAUUGUUUAAUAAAAGUGAAGCCUAGAAUGUACCAAAGUUAUUGUUUCAAAGUUGGGUGCCAUAAAGCGGAAUCCAUUUUAAACCUCUAAAAUUAUGAAAGAAAUCGCAAAGAUCUCAAUAGGCACGUUCCACAAAAGAUAAACGAAUUCGCCUCGUUGACACUUGCCGGAAGGUACCCCUAGUAGAAUAUUUAAUCUAUUAAUUUUUUUGCAAUCAUUUUUUAAUAAAGGGUCAUAAAGUUGAUUUCUUGUGUCUAAGAAACGUGUGUGGUUUUCUUUUAAUUGUUUUUUUGUGUUUUUAUGAGGUUAUUACUGAGCUGAACUAAUUUGCAUGCAAAUGUGGGCUUGUUAAGGUGGCUCGAUACAGUUUUUCAAGGCCAAUACCUCCCAAGUUUGAGCAUAAACUACGUCGCCAUAAACAAAGUUUUGGAAAAAUUGCCCCCACAGUUGUAUUAGAUAAAGAUGAAAAUCUUUUAUGAUCAGGGUUGCAAUGACAUCGGAGUUGUCAUAGCAACGAAAUGACGCUAUUAUCUAUUUUACUUACAGAAGUAUUUCUCGGCACUGAGAACUGUUCUUCCAAAAUUAUUCACGGGAGCUUUUUCCUCCGAUAGCCGCCUCGAUGUUCGUGAAGUUUAAGCGAAAUCUGUAAGAGCGUUAUCGAGAUAUUUUGGGAUCAAGAUUUUGUGGUUAGAAAUACGGUAAAAAAUGGAUAAUCUUGAUGUUCGGCUGUUAUCUGUAGAAAAUGAAGCGCUUUUGACAUGCAAUUUCAUCUGAUAGUAGUUUCAAUCUUUUUAAAAACGUAUGUGAAAGACCGUGGAGAUAGCUCCAGCCGAUUGCUAGAAAGAAGGAUUUGAUUAGUAUGUAUCGAGGCGCUUUUGUUAGCGGUUUUUGAACAUGUUGGUCUACUUUAACAAAUUAGCGAAUAAUUUUUAAACCGCUCGAAAGAUUUUUUUAAAAAAAUAAGAUUCAAUUUUUCCAAAACUUUGUUUAUGGCGACGUAGUUUAUGCUCAAACUUGGGAGGUAUUGGCCCUGAAAAACUGUAUCGAGCCACCUUAACUCGCAUAAUUAACUGAGUAAGGGCGCGUAAAACGCUGAGACUUCAGUAGUUAGUUCUAGUGGUUUCCUUGAGAUAGAAAGGAGAGAACGGUUUUGUAAUAGUCAGAAAAAAUUGAGAUAAAGAGUUUUGAGCUCCACUUUGGGUAUGUAGCUGGUAUGUGUGCUUGUUUUCUUUAUAUAUAUCCAAUUUUUAGCGAUAAAUAGAAGACAUUAGCCGUUCCUAAUGGGCUUGCUAAACUGUCAAGUGGACCUGAUGGUGUUGUGACGUCAUUAUUAGUACUUGCCUAAACAUGGUUAGCACAAAUCAAACAAGUUUCCCGCGUAUUUUACACAUGAGCUAUUUAUUAAAUUUUGUCCAAAAAACUGCUAAUUCUCUUCAGACGCCACCACUGAGGUUGAAAAACGUCAUUUAUGGCAAUCAAAAGGCCUGGCUCCUUCGGAAGCGAAAAACAGAUUUCCCCGACAGAACGUCCAAUUUAAUUUUUUGAGUAAUAAGAAACUAGAGGGGUCAAAGUUGUGAAAGGAGCCGAACUCUGCAAACUUUCAAGUGAAACAUAUGACGGAUACCUGAGGUGGGUCUUCCUAAAACCCUGUUUCCAUAUGAUCGCCACGAUCGCUGCGGUCGCUGAAAAAAUAGUUUCAGUGAUCGUUGCGAUUGAUAUGACCGCUGCGAUAGCUACUAUCCCUGGAGAGUAGUUUCCAUAUGAUCACUACGAUAGCUUAAGUUUUUUUUCAGCAAUCGAAGCAAUCGUAUGGAAAUCGGGCUUAAGCGUUAUUUGUCCGUUAUUUGUUCUUCAAAAAAAUAGUCGUUCAAAACAAUUUUGAUAAAAUGAGUCUGGGAUCCAACUGGUUAGCCGUAACUUCAACUUUAACCUUGGUCAGCAGUGCGUGUUCCGUUCUGACAGAUGUCUGAUUGACUUUAAAAAGAAAGUCAUGUAUAUUACAAGGAAAAUGCCGGCUGGCUUAUUUCGACACUAACCCUAGACCUGGUGAGUGUAAAAUUUCCCAUUGCCUUCUCUGUGGUGUGAACAAAGGGACAGGGACGCUUUCUUCACCCAAUACCUAAUCUCCUUUUCAAAGUCCGCUUUGCUGUUUCAACACGCAUGCGAAAUUAACUGUUCUCAUAUUCUCUUUCUCUCUCCUUAAUUACAGAGCCACUAACAAGAACGCACUGGCUGGAAUCAUGUUUCUCUCGACAGUGUUCACUUUGUUUUGCCUCAUGGCGUCAGUUCCAUCACGUUGUGUAAGUGAAUCUAACGAUCAACUUUUCUCAGGCCGAACACCUUUACAUCGAACGCGAGAGAAUUACCGCAAGGCGCCAUGAGGGGACCCCUCGAGUAUCUGCCUACCAGCCGGAGAGUCGCUUCUUAUUCUUAAUUACUUUUAUCUUACAUUUACUUAUUUUCAUUCUUAUUUACUGGUUCGUUACUUAUUUUACUCUUAUCCGUUCUACCCGUUUCUCUUCAUGAGUCACUGAUUGACUCACUCAUUUUUACUUAAUUAUUUCUAUCCAUGACGAACUCAUUUCAAAUCCAAUCUUACACAUUUUUACUCGGUUUUAGGUGUAGUUUAUUUCAAGCCAUGUAAGGAAAACCAAAAUGAAAUUAAGAGAUGCGAGAAAAAAUAAAGUUAAAAAGCCAAUCUUGUCAACGCACCUGGAUAUUGAGGAUAUUUUUCUCUGCAUAUUCCAGUAAAUAUCUGUAAUUUAUUUUAUUGUAAUUACAAAUUACUGUAGAAUCAAGAUCUCUCGAACCCUCGGUUUUUCGAACCUCCUGUCAGAUCAGCGCUAACUUCCCUUUCCUACUCAAGCUCUAUAAUUAAUUCCCUCUCCGAUUUUUUUCGAACCUUCCAGGGAAAGGAAAGCAUAAGCUCGAAUCGAUCAUCGGAAAGAGAUGUAAAAAUUAGAGAUAAAAUGACAGAGUAAGAGGAGGAGUCAGUUUUAGAUCAGCAAAUCGGGAUUUUUAUGCAUGUCCACUCAGUAAAAAUUGUUGCCGUGGAUGCUCAAAAAAGCAAAACAAAUUUACUUUUCUAGUAUCCGGCAAAUAUAGAUCUCAUUUUUGUACAUUGGAGUUGCUCAGUGCAAAACAGAGGAAAUAACCUGGUUAUUCACGACUUCAAAUUCUUAUCCUUGUUUAUUUGUAAUAGCCAAUUGAUUCGCCAUGAGUUAGCUGGGAUUCUUAGCUUGUCUCCAAUGUUUGAAAUUUCCUUAACAGGGAGAGGAAAAUUAAAUAUUCAUUUAUUCAUUUAUUAAUAUCUAUUAUUUAUUUUGUACUAACAUUGAUCCUUUAACAGCAGAACGUUGUGCCAUCAGCUCACAUCGAGGGCGGGGAUCCAAGACCUGUGUACUAUCCUGAAGACACAGGUAGCUUACAUACGAAACCUCUUUAAAAGUAACCAAACCCUACCUUCCGCAGAAGAAACUAAAAAAAUCCAACUUAACGAAAUAAUUAAUGUCAAAAACAGAAGAAAUAUAGCUGCCUGGCCUGUUCGACAUACAUCCAGCAAUUACGUAAAUUUUACACGCGUUAAUAAAAUAGAGGCAAUGUAUGGAAGAUCACAUGUAAUCGUAAAAGUUGCCUGAACUCGCUCAACUUUUACCUUUACGCGUGGCCUCUCACACGUUGCCUCUGUUUCAUUUAAGCGCGUAAAUUUUACGUGCGUUCGCCCGGAAAAAUUAUGCGACAGUGAAAAUCAACCCUAAGGAAGUCAACAUGUACGCGAGAUCACGCUAAAGCUACCAAGACUAACCGUUACUUACUCUAACAUUCUGGGGGAAACGAGCCAGCGCAUGGCUUUCGUAGAAGGGUUUAAAUUAAUAAUGGUAAUCGAACUGAGUGGAGUAUAUUAAUUUUGCCUCACAUUAUAAGUCAAUGGUUUUAAAAUCAUCAAUGAGCGAGCUUCGAGCGCACGGCGCGAGUUUGAUUUGAAAUCACAAGUAGAGGACUGCUGACAAUUGCACGAUACAAAGUUCAAUAAACACUUCAUUUGCAUUGCACCUCGUGACUCUGUUCGUAAUUUAGGGGUUCAGUUUGAUAGCAUAUUUAGUUUUGAGGAGCACAUUAAGAACAUUUGUAAAUCAUCAUUCUAUCAUUUGAGAAAUAUUGCUAAAAUCCGCAAGUACUUAAGCCAAGAUACAUGUGAAAUCUUAGUCCAUGCAUUUAUUAGUUCGAAACUUGAUCACUGUAAUUCCUUAUUACAUGGCCUUCCUAAGUAUCUGUUAGCUAGACUACAGGCAGUUCAGAAUGCUGCAGCUCGUGUUGUCACACUGACACCGAAGCAUGUUCAUAUAACUCCUAUUUUAAUUAAUCUUCAUUGGUUACCAGUUGAGUUUAGAAUAACUUUUAAAGUCCUUUUAUUGGUAUACAAGGCCCUUCAUGGCCUUGCACCUUCUUAUAUUUCUGACCUUUUGAAUUUUAAAACAUACUCUAGGUCAUUGCGUUCUUCAUGUAAAGAAUAUUUAGUGGUUCCAAGAAGCAGAUUGAAAACAUAUGGAGACAGAGCUUUCUCUAUUGCAGGACCUAAAUUGUGGAACGAUUUACCUCUAGAGAUUAGGAAAUGUGCUUCAGUGGCAACUUUUAAGCAAUCCCUUAAAACUUUUUUUAUUUAAGUUAGCAUAUAGGUUAUGAGAUUCCUUUUGUUUUAAGAUGUUUUUGAUUUAUAUAGUAGAUAACUUAGGUGAUAUUUGAAUUAUAUUGUAUAUUGUAGAUAUUUUAUAAUUUAGAUUUUUUUUUAUAUUCUUUUUUGUAAUUAGGUAGCGCUUUGGACAAUUAUUGGAUUUUAGCGCUAUAUAAAUAAAAUUAUUAUUAUUAUUAUUAUUGUUAUUAUUAUUAUUAUUAACGCCAUUUUAAAUUCUCAUAAUUUAGUUGCAGUGCAAAAUAUUUUAUUGAUUUAGUUAUCGGUUUUGUUGAAAAUUAGAAUAGGAACGCUUUUACACCUGUCAUUUUUAAAUGCGAAACAAAAAUAAUGCGCAUAGAGCACAAAUGAUGCGAUCUAGAACCACUUUAUCACUUACUGAUAGAAGGUAGAAGGAAUCAAAACAAUUUUUUUUUAAUUUAUCUCCUCUUUUUUAGCCAUUAGUGCGUGGGACCUAAGCCAUGCCAACAGCCACAUUGCCGGUGGAUUUGAGUUCGGCGGCUCUCAGUUAAUUGUACCUGUUAGCGGCCGGUAUUAUGUUUAUACUCAGUUGUACUUCAAUUCUGAGCCCAUGGCUACCAGAAAUCGUGUGGGUGUAUUCACUGGCCAGAGACUUCUGCUAAUGAUCCACAAGCCCAUGCAACCCAGCACUGAGGAAACAGCCUCGGCAGGAGGAAUUUUCAAGCUAAAUCAAGGGGAAAGAGUGUUUGUGAAACCUUUCAAGGGCUAUGGUUCCGUGAAACUAUGGGUCGGGCCUAAUCACACAUAUUUUGGCAUGUAUAAAGUCGACUGAUCACAUUAAUUUUCAGAUAAGGCGUUAUAAUAUGUAUCAGUAAGAUCAUAACUUACGAAAAGUAAUAACCUAGACGAGAGAACAACAGUAUAUGAAAUCUUUACGUAAUAUACAAUUAUCUGACAAUGUAUACAGACGUUGCCAAGUUGAGAAAAUUAAAGGUACGCCG